UGUUUAGGUCUCCGUGUUGUCUCACAUCAGCUGUGUUAUGAUAACAUGCAAUCAGUCACGAUUAUCACGCACAAAUCUUAUUCAAUCCAUUCAAAUAAAAUUAUCGAUUUACCUAUUCCAACAGUAGGCUAGGAUGUUGGACAAAGUGAAGCACGUAAUUCUUGUGCUGUCGGGAAAAGGCGGCGUUGGAAAGUCCACCGUUAGCACCCAGCUUGCGUUAACACUGUCGGAAUCCAACUACAAGGUCGGCCUGCUGGACAUCGAUCUCUGCGGUCCCAGCGUACCGUUCUUGCUGGGGUUAGAAGAUCACGACGUCCACCAGUGUGAUGAAGGAUGGGUUCCUGUGUACACCAAUGCCGAGAAAAAACUAGCCGUGAUGUCUAUUGGAUUUCUGCUGAAAUCACGCACGGAUGCUGUCAUCUGGCGAGGACCCAAGAAAACCGCGAUGAUCAAACAAUUUCUACAGGAUGUCGCAUGGGAUGAUUUGGAUUAUUUGAUAAUCGAUACCCCUCCGGGAACAUCCGAUGAGCAUAUCACAGUGAUGGAAAGCUUGAAAGGAAUAAACGCAGAUGGUGCCAUCAUUGUGACGACACCGCAGGAGAUGGCUCUUGAGGAUGUUCGGAAGGAGGUCACAUUUUGCAAGAAAACCGGAAUCAACAUAAUUGGAAUUGUCGAAAACAUGAGUGGAUUUGUGUGCCCAAAUUGUGCCGAAUGUACUAAUAUUUUUUCUUCGGGAGGGGGAGUUGCGUUGGCGGAGCUAGCCAAAGUGCCUCAUCUCGGUACGCUACCUAUUGAUCCUCGUGUUGGUGGACUCGCUGGCUCAGGAAAAGCGUGCGUAACGGAAUUGCCUGAGUGUACAACUUCGCAGGUGCUGCGGAGUAUUGUUCAAACAAUUACCGUAAGAUAAAAUAAAGAGUAAAAUUCGUUUCCUA